AUGGCCGACCCCAACAAGACUGAGCCCUCUGGGCCUCCAACUGCUACACCAACCGGGAGACAAAGAGCGCCCACCAUCACACUCGACACAACUGCCGUCAACAAUAGUUCAAAUACCAACAUUGUAGAGAUCACGGACAGUUACAACGGCCAGCAGCAACCUCCUACCUACAGCGUCUCCCCAAUCUCCCCUCCAGACGACGCGGUCAGCCCCUCUACCAUGGUAGAACCGCCCUCCGGCCUCUCCCAGGGGGGGCGUCCCGAUUUGCGAGCCGAUACAUCAUUUGAUACCAUCAGAGACAGUAGCCGGCCGACAAGUCCUCACAACGUCUCGAGCCCCAUUGCUACUCUGGGGGACGGAUUUUUGAAUGUGCCGACAAACAAUCAUAGAUCACGGCAGAACUCAGUAGACUCGGAUGAUGCCAGCCGCUCUUUUAUCUCGGGAGGCGACACAACGGUUGUUGCAUCCAACUCGACACAGACCGACAAGUACAAGACAGCACCAACAAACGACAAUAUCAUGAAGGACGAGAACGCAUUGAAGCCCGAUGCCGGAACCGAAGACGACUUUGAGGUGGCAAACAACCCCUUUGCGUUUACGCCAGGCCAGCUCAACAAAAUGUUCAAUCCCAAGAGCCUUGCAGCUUUCUACAAACUAGGCGGUUUGCGCGGCUUGGAGCGAGGCCUACGAACGGACCGCAAAGCUGGCUUGAGUACGGAGGAGAAUCUGCUAGAAGGCGGCGUGACUUUUGGUGAAGCUACUUCUAAGAAGAACGAUAAGCACAAUGACAACUCCCUGGCACCUCCGGCACAGGCUGCCCGCGUAACAUCUCAGACGAGCCGGGAGCUUCAGGGAUUCCAGGAUCGAUAUCGAGUCUUUAGGGAUAACCGGUUACCAGAGAAGAAGGGCAAGAGCUUGCUAGAACUCAUGUGGAUCACUUACAACGAUAAAGUGCUGAUUCUUUUGUCGAUUGCCGCCGCCGUCAGUCUCGCUGUCGGUCUCUACCAAACAUUUGGUCAGAAACACGAUGCAGACGAGCCCAAGGUUGAGUGGGUCGAAGGUGUUGCCAUUAUCGUCGCCAUUGCCAUUGUCGUCAUCGUUGGAUCGUUGAAUGAUUACCAAAAAGAACGCCAGUUUGCCAAACUCAACAAGAAGAAACAGGAUCGAAAUGUCAAGGUUAUCCGCUCUGGAACAACAAUGGAAUUAUCUGUAUAUGAUCUCAUGGUGGGUGAUGUGAUCCACCUUGAGCCGGGCGACUUGGUUCCCGUUGAUGGAGUUUUGAUCGAAGGCUUCGACGUCAAGUGUGAUGAAUCUCAGACGACGGGCGAAUCGGACAUCAUCCGUAAACGGGGCUCCGACGAAGUCUAUGAAGCCAUCGAGAAUCACGAAAGCCUCAAGAAGAUGGAUCCCUUCAUCCAGUCUGGCGCCCGCAUCAUGGAGGGUGUGGGCACCUACAUGGCUACAUCAACUGGUAUUUACUCUUCUUACGGCAAAACUCUCAUGGCUCUCAAUGAGGACCCCGAAAUGACGCCCCUCCAGGCGAAGCUCAACGUCAUCGCCACGUAUAUUGCUAAGCUGGGUGGUGCUGCUGGUCUCUUGUUGUUCAUCGUCUUGUUCAUCGAGUUCCUCGUUCGCCUGCCCCAUGAUAACGGUACCCCGGCUGAGAAAGGACAGGAUUUCCUCAACAUCUUCAUCGUGGUUGUGACAAUCAUUGUGGUUGCCGUUCCUGAAGGUCUCCCGCUCGCUGUCACGCUGGCCCUUGCUUUUGCUACUACUCGCAUGCUGAGAGAUGCCAACCUGGUUCGGCACCUGAAGGCUUGUGAAGUCAUGGGUAACGCGACGACAAUCUGCUCUGACAAAACGGGAACGCUCACUCAGAACAAAAUGCAAGUUGUGGCCGGAACAGUGGGAGUAAACAACGAGUUUAGCAACUCUCGUAUGCAAGAGUCCGAGGACGGCGAUGCCAAGACACCCGCAUCAGAAUUUGUCACCAAGUUGAGCGGCCAUGUAAAGGAACUGCUUCUAGACUCCAUUGCCUUGAAUUCGACUGCGUUUGAAGGCGAGGUUGACGGCGAAAAUACAUUUAUUGGCUCCAAGACCGAGACAGCUCUUCUUCUCUUUGCCAGGGACCAUUUGGGCAUGGGGCCUGUUAGCCAACUACGCGAAAACUCGACUACUCUACAGCUGAUCCCCUUUGACUCGGGUCGCAAGUGUAUGGGAAUUGUUGUUCGGCUUGCCGACGGAACGGCCAGGCUGUUCAUCAAGGGUGCCUCGGAGAUCUUGCUUGCCCAGUGCAGCCAGACUCUACAAGAUCCAUUCGCGGGUGCCUCAGUAAAGCCCUUGGCGCCUGAAGACGCAGAAGCUAUCAGCCAGCUUAUUGUUACUUACGCAAAGCGCUCUUUGCGAACGAUUGGUCUGUGCUACCGAGACUUCGAGUCUUGGCCUCCGCGUGGUCUUCGUAAUGGCGAGAGCAAGGGCGAAGUCCUGUUUGAAGACUUGUUCCAACAGAUGACAUUUGCCGGCGUGGUGGGUAUCCAGGAUCCUCUCCGAGAAGGUGUCGCCGAGGCCGUUGAGCUGUGCCAGAUGGCCGGCGUUGUCGUUCGCAUGGUUACUGGUGACAACAAGAUUACCGCAGAGGCUAUUGCCAAGGAGUGCGGAAUCCUGCAGGAGGAUAGUCUGGUUAUGGAAGGCCCUGAAUUCCGCAAUUUGAGUAAGCUCAAGCAGAAUGAGAUCAUCCCCAGGCUUCACGUGCUUGCGAGAUCCAGCCCUGAGGACAAGCGCAUUCUGGUCAAGCGACUCAAGGAGAUGGGAGAAACCGUGGCCGUGACUGGUGAUGGUACCAACGACGCUCCCGCUCUCAAAAUGGCCGAUGUCGGAUUUUCCAUGGGUAUCGCGGGUACUGAAGUUGCCAAGGAGGCGUCGGCAAUCAUCCUCAUGGAUGACAACUUUGCCAGCAUUGUCAAGGCCCUGAAAUGGGGUCGUGCCGUCAACGACGCUGUCAAGCGCUUCCUGCAGUUCCAGCUCACUGUCAACAUCACUGCCGUCAUCCUCACAUUUGUCACCGCCGUUUCUAGCGAGUCUGAGAAGUCAGUCCUUACGGCUGUCCAGCUGCUCUGGGUCAACUUGAUCAUGGACACGCUGGCGGCUCUCGCUCUUGCAACAGACCCCCCACAAGACAGCGUCUUGGACAGGAAGCCCGAGCCCAAGGGUUCUUCCAUCAUCUCGCCAACCAUGUGGAAAAUGAUUAUCGGACAGGCUCUAUACCAGCUCGCGAUCACGUUCCUGCUGUACUAUGGAGGCGUCAAUGUGGUUCAACCCAUUGUUGGAGGCGAUCUUGUUCACGAGGACAUUGAAACUCUGGUCUUCAACACAUUUGUGUGGAUGCAAAUCUUUAACCAAUGGAAUCCGAAGAAGUGCUUGACGCGCAACUGGUUCUUCAUUGCCAUCAGCUCACUCAUGAUGGGCGGCCAGGUCCUGAUUGUCUUUGUGGGUGGCGCUGCUUUCCAGAUUGCAAAGAAGGAUCAGUCCGGCGGAAUGUGGGGUAUUGCCCUUGUGCUUGGAUUCCUCUCCAUCCCCGUUGGUAUCCUCAUUCGCCUCAUCCCCGACAGCUUUGUCGUCGCGCUGGUGCCCGAGUUCCUGAAGAAACGCGCUAAUCAGGUCCCUGGCUUCACGAUUUCUGACGAGGAGAUGAACAUGUACCCGGAGCCGUUGGUUGAGGUACGCGACGAACUUAACUUCCUCAGGCGCAUGAAGGGAGGGCGCUUGAACAACCUAAAGUUUGCGAUUCGACACCCCAAGGAGAUGAUUGCACGGUCUAGAAGCCAGUCUCACUCGCGAUCCAACUCUAUCAAUGCGUCGUCGGACACGCAGGGCCGUGAAGACAGCUUCCCCUCGCGCAUUGCCACGCCGGUAUCGCGACAGCGUUCCCGAUCGAACCGGUCGCGCUCCAACUCGGCCGUCGGAGCAACGACCGUCAUGGCCGGAAUCGUGAUUGGCGGAAUAGGAGCAGGAGGGUGGUCACCAAUCGGCCGGCCAUCGGCAGAAGAUAGAGACACCAUGAUACAGCUCUACCAGCAGCAACAACAGGAACCAAGAACAGAAGGAACCCCAGAGCAGGGACAAAAGCCCGCACCAGGGCACAGCAGCAGCGAGGCGCAGAAUUAGGCGUAAAGGGAGUUGAAGGCUUUGCAUAAAUACGAUUCCCCCAGGGUAAUGAUGAUUUGUUUAUAUCUUUUAUUCCCCCCACCCCUCUUGUCAUUUUUUCUCUACCCCCUUUGCUUUUUCUUUUUCUUUCCUGGGUAAAACAUUGCAUAGAGGGUUCGCUUGCAAUUAUUGAUAGACGGAAAUUCACUUGGUAAUGCGACGAGAAUUAAAAUUGACUGUAAUGGCUCUUUGAUACAACUCUUUUAUUACUACUAUUAUUAUUAUGCUGU